AUAUACUAACUCGAUUACAGAUAACCACAAUCAUGUGACAAUAUUGCACAGGUGACAUUUAGUUAAGAAUACUUUUGAUGGCCGACAGUCAAUUAAGCGAUUCAGGCAGUCAUGUCCACAUGCAUGCAUCCGGUCUGAACAUUCCAUUUGCCGCAUUCUUUAUUGUGGGAGAAAUAGCAGGAUCCGGGGUGUUAGCUCUUCCGAAGGCUAUUGAUGAUACAGGUUGGAUCGGCCUCGUUUUGAUUGUGGCAUGCGCACUCUUAUCGUCAUACACGGGAAGUAUUCUUGGUCAGGCUUGGCUCAUUGUCCAAGAAAGAUUUCCUGAAUAUAAGAAAAGCUGUCCUGACCCUUAUCCAGUGUUGGGAGAGAAAACGUUUGGAAAGAAAGGACGAUACGUUGUCUCCUUUUCCAUAAACUUCACUCUGUUUGGAGUCUCCACGGUGUUCCUGCUGCUGGCCUCGGAGAAUAUCGAGGACCUAAUUGAGCAAUGGUCCGGAAAAGAUCUGUCCUUCUGCUACUGGCUGCUGAUCCUGGCGGCCGCUGUUUGCCCCCUCACGUGGUUUGGCACUCCGGCGGAUUUCUGGCCGGUAGCCGUGGGAGCGACCUUAGCUACAGCUGUGGCGUGCGUCCUACUGGUGAUCAAGGUGGCGAUGGAGGGCGGCGCGUGGGACCCCGUCCUGCACUCCACCACGGAGUUCGAGCCCUUCUUCAUGGCGUUUGGAACGAUCGUGUUCGCCUUCGGGGGGCACCCAGCGUUCCCGACAUUCCAGACAGACAUGAAGAAACCCGGUGAUUUUAAAUGGGCAGUCUUGUUGGGAUAUCUAGUUGUAAUGGUCAUGUACCUGCCAAUAUCUUCCGUUGCGUACUUCAUCUACGGAAAGAACGUUCAGUCAAACAUUCUACUGACGAAGAGCAGGGACGUUGACAACAAGGAGGUCAGUGACGUCAUAAACCAGGUCGUUGAGGUGCUUAUUACUAUUCACCUAAUACUGGGACUGCUCAUUGUUAUCAACCCUUUCUGCCAGGAGCUGGAGUCAUACGCAAGGGUCCCUAGACAUUUUACAUGGAAGCGCUGUGUAUUUAGAUCCGUGGUUGUUAUUGUCAUCUUAUUUGUGGCAGAAUCAAUACCAAAAUUUGGCGCCAUUCUAUCGCUCGUGGGCGGUUCUACCGUGACACUGCUGGCUUAUAUAUGCCCCUCACUCUUUUACCUGAAGCUGAAGUCGGUCCGCCAAGAAGACAUGGUAGAGAUUGUGAACGGUCACAGUGUUGAUAGCAUCAGUCUUACACAGGAUAAAAGCCAGGGCCUCCCUUUGUGGGUGAAGGUGAUGAACAUCGAGAUCAUUCUGCUUGGCACGGUGGCCGGGAUCGCCUCCACAUACUCCGCCAUCAAAUCUAUCAUCAACAGUAACUUCUCCAAGCCCUGUUACCUGUGAGACAUUUCAUUGGGGAAUAAAUCACGUGAUCGCGUUACUCACUUUCAACCACGUGAUGUCGAUUAUACACGGGUACAAAACAUGUCUUCUCAGACCAUGAUAUUUUAUCGGAUUCAAUGAAUACUCGAGUUUCUAUUUUCACAAUUAGUGCAAUAUUUUAUUUUAACAAACACAAUAACUUCUACAUGUACAUAUGUAUUCAAUUUUAAGAUUUCUGUAAAUGUUCUUCAUAGUUCAAUAUUCAAGAGUUUAUUUAUUAAUAUUUUGUCUAAUACUGUUACACGAGUACAAUGAGAUAACUGUAUUCAAUGCGUUUAUAAUUAUGCGCCUGUGAUACAACACUAUGAAAAAUGCGCAGAGGUGGUUAAUAUUCUUAUUAUAGAUUAUGAAUGUACGGUAGGGCGAAAGCGCUUUAGAUAAAAGUUGUUUGAUCAUUGGACUUAUUAUAUAUACACAUGUGUAUAUAUGUAUAUAUAUAUUAUGACUUGACACGUUUGAAUUUGAAUAUAACAGAAGUUGCAUAAAAAGUAUCACACGAAUAAUUGAAACAGUAUAUAAAUAGCAGUGAUCGUUAUACAGCACGGUUACAAUUUAUGUGAGCAAUAUAUGAUAAUUUAAUAAUAACAAAUUCAAACUGUCCGAAUAGUCGAGUUCUUGUUUUGUUGAAUUACUUUCUCAAAUAAAAUUUUUGCCAAAUGGAA